AUGAAUGAAUAUGAUGAAUAUGAAAAUUUGUGUCCUAAUAAUGAUUUUGUCAAUUAUAUUUCGGGAUUUUAUUGUUUAUUAGAUUUACACAAUGAUACAAUUGACCACAUCUCUGUAUCAAAAGAAGGAUUAAAGAACUUAUGCAAUGACUUUGUUUCAGACAGUUUUCAAUCAGUUUCAGAAAUUGAUUAUAAGCAAUUAAAUUCACAAUCAUUGCAUUUGAUUGGAUGUUAUGGAAAUCAUGACUUAAUUGCAAAGCUUUUGUUAAAUCACGAAAAAAUUGAUCAACCAUUGUAUGAAAUGUUGAUUCGUCCAUCAUCUCUUCGCCCAGGAAUUUAUUUCUUGGUGUUCAAUUCUAAAUUAGGUUUAGUAAUUCAUUGGUCCGAAUAUGGAUGCUAUGAAAAUCGUGCUCCUUUACGAAUAGUGAAAAAUAUGAUAAAUCUUCACCGUGAUCGAGACUUGAACAGGUUUGAUUGGAAAAAAGAAGUAUCAUCAAUUGACAAUGACGAUGAUUCGUGUUAUGAAUUCGAGGUCAAGAAAAGUCAAAAACAAGAAUUUGCAUUUUUCAAUGGGUAUAACAUUUCUUUACCAGAGGCUAUUGAAUCAGAAAUCAAAAAUCAAUCUUACAAUGAAAUUUCAUUGAAACCAAAAGUCGUUGAAUCGAUUUCGUGUCAAGCUUUUGUUACACAAAUGAUAAUUACGCCUUAUGACAUGAAAAAGAAUAGUGCUACUAGAAGAAAGUCAACUUUCGGUGAUUUUAUGAAUAAAUUGGGAGAUCAUUCUAUAAGAAUUAAUCGUUCAACCAUGGACAUGAAUAAGCUUAAAAUUCUUAUCGACUAUGGAUUAAAUAUAUAUAAUUUGAAGGAGCAAUUAGUUCAAUAUGAUGAUGAAAUGAAUUAUGAAUUGAAAGAAUUUGUUAAGAGGGAAAAGCAGGAAGUGCUAGCUAUUCAAAAUGGUGCUUAUGAUUUAGAAAGGAUAGCUCGUAAAAGACUUAAAGAAUUAUAUAGAUGUUUUGACGAUAAUAAAUCAGAUGAAGUUGAUGAGCCAGAAAUUAGCAAGGAUAUCGAGGGAUUAUUUUUAAAAUAUCCUAAUUUAACGGUCAAAUUGGAUGCGGCAUCAAAAAUCAAUACAGAUGAAUGGAUGCAAUUAAAACGAGGAUUUAGUUAUGGAACAUUAUUGAUAAAGGAAGUUCAAGCACAAGCAUCCAAAACUGAAGAAUUGGACAACAAAGAAUUGGAUGAAUCUAUUUGGCAAGCAUUUUAUAAAGUUUUAAAUGUUUCGCACCCUAAACCUCUCACAUUUAAUCACAUUUACAAAGAUUAUUUUAAGAAUCUGAGAACAAAAUUACACAUGAAGCAUAAAUUUACUUUUAAAUUGGAUGACAUUCAAAUUAACGAAUAUUAUAAUCAAGCAAUGUCUAUUGAUUUAUCGGAUUCAACAAUAAUUGAUUUAUUAUUAGAUAACGAAUUUUGUCCAAAUAACUCAAAACUUAGAGAAUCAAUUAUAAAAUUAUUUCGUGAUAUAUAUGAUGAAUGGAAAACUAAUAAAUUUUCAGAUAAUAUUAAUAAGCUGUAUUGGUCGAAGCUUAUAGAAGUUGAACAUAAAAGGCAUAAGCAAGAUAUCUUAAGGAACACAUUUGAAAAGCUUUGCGAACUAAUUGAGGAAAGGUUUCCAGAUGGUCCUUUAUUUAAUGUCUUAAAUAUAAGUUUAACUGAACAAUUUUUUAUAGUGAGCAAAGUCACAAUAGAUUAUGAAGUCGUCAUUAUGCAACCAGCACAGUUACAAAUAACGAUCUAUGAAACAAUACUUGAGCAAGAUGAUUGUUUAAAAUUUGAUCACCCUGAACACCCAAAAUAUUUGUCAAUAAUUUGGAAUAAUAAAACAAAUCGAAUGGAACUACGCGUUGACACUAUACAAGGCUCUAUAAUUGAUAAUACAAAAAAAUAUCAGAAUAUGAUGAAUGCAAGUAAAUUCUGUCUCAUCGCCGUAAACGAAUCGAAAGGGUUAAUUGGGAUAUAUAAUACUGAUAAUGGCAUGCUUAACGUAUUUCAUUAUGACGAACAAAUAAAUCUUCAUACACGUAACAUAAAUAUUCGAAUCUUUGGAUGGUAUAAUAACUCAAUUCCUGAUAUUGGUCAUUUUUUAUUUAUCGAAAAUACGGAGGAGCUAUGUUUUGUUGAGAAAAGCGGCCGUGCAAGAAUUUAUAACCUUGUUAACGGUCAAUUUCGAACAGAUGUUUCUCAAUUUCCUCCCGAAUCCACCAAAAUUUUAAGUACACCUGAUGGGACUUGUAUUGUUGCAUUUGUAAAAGAGCAACAGCAAUCUUUAUUACCAGAAAUUGAUUCAUCAGAAAUUAGUCUUGGCAAAAAAGAUGAUGAUGGUGAUACACAAAAAAGUUUUGAAUCCUUCAAAGAUUUAGUUAAGGUUUAUGUAUAUUUUAUCUCAGACUUUGGAAAACCGACAAAUAAAGUUAUUGAAAUGCCCUCAAAUAUGCAAUUCGUGGAAUAUUUUAAAUUUUACAUGUCAGAAAACCGUCAAACUUAUCUUACAACACUUGACAUCAUUGUUGGUGUUUCAAAAGCCUUAAUCGUUAAAAUUGUGGAUGAUAAAAAAGCCAAAUAUCAACUUCAACAAUGUCAUCUUGAAAAAUCGACCGGACAGGUUAAAUUUGAAUCUGCAGCAUAUUCAGAUGAUCAUCUCGAUAAAUCAUCCAUUCUUAUUGGUAGACAGACCAAUUUUACUCAAGAUAUUGAGGAAGGAGAAAAUAUUAUUAUUAUGGAUAAUGGUUAUGAAGUAAUUGAAAUAAUCUCCGAUAGUCGAAUAAAGAUAGCUGACAAUGUUUCUUCCCUUUUUGGUGUUGAAUCAUGGUUAGAUUUUCGUAUUGAACCAAAGACAAAACUUAAUGGAUUUAUAGAUUCAUAUAAAUUAAUGUUUGAAAAAUAUCCAAUUGAUAAUUGUAUUGAUAAUGAACAAAAUAGGCCAUUUUGUUUACAUAUAGUUUUAGAUAUUUUAUCACAUGGUGAUAAUGCUGUUGACAUAUUUCGUAAAUAUCGUACAAACUUUGAAGAAUAUGUAUUAGACAUGUUUAAAGAUCUAAAAAGAGAAACAAACAAGCCGCAACUUGUUUUGAAAGAGUUUUUGACAUGUGUAAGCACCUUUCAAGAGUUUAAUGUUGAUAAUUUAAUCCGAUCAAAGAAAAAUAAGAUGAAAAAUUAUCAACUCGGGGAAUGGAUCAUACAACUAUUAUGUUUAAUUCCUAUUCAAAUUGCUGUAUCAAAAAAUCAUCAAUUCCAACCGUUGUGUGAUGGAUCAUUAAAAGCAGAGAGCGAACAAUCUGAUGGAUAUCAUAUUAUGGAUAAUAUUACUCGUAAUAUUUCUUUUGGAUGGUAUGAAGGAAUCCUUAAUCAUUUUGGAGAUCGCAAGGUUAAAGUUGUUUCAAGCAUGGGUGAACAUUCUUGCGGAAAGUCAUAUUUCUUAAAUCAUCUUAUUGGAACUUCCUUCGAUGGUUCGGAAAUGCGUGAGGGUGUAUGGAUGUCUCUAGUAAAUACCCAGAAAUGUAUUUAUGUCGUACUAAAUUUUGAAGGUUUAGUGUCACUUGAGAAAAGUUCUCAAGAUGAUUUAUUGUUAGCCCUUUUUGGUACAGUUAUGUCUAAUCUCAUAUUCUUUAAGUGUCAUUUUGCGAUAAAUAGAGAUAUGUCUUUAAUGUUUCAAAGGUUUCAGGAUGGUGCAAUGUUAUUCGAGUCAGAUCCAAAAUUGUUUCAGGCAAAACUAUGUGUUAUCAUUAAGGAUGUGCCUAGGACCGAAAAAGAAAUUGUUAGGGAAUUUCAGUCAAAAGUUUCUCGAUUAAUUUCCAAUGAGGGUGAAAAUAAUUUUAUUUCAAGAAUGUUUCAGGGUGAAUUAAAUGUCAUUCCUUGGCCAAUGUUUAAUGAUGCCGCAUGGUUUAACGCCUUAUCAGAUGUUAAUAAGAAGCUAGACGAGCAGGAGGCAAAUAUAUGUGAGUGGAGUUCGUUAGAUAAUUCCCUCAUACAGAUUCGUAUUGCAAUGUUAAUGAGGUUACUUCCAACUGCGGUUUCCUAUGGAAUGGAACAACACGGUGUUAUUGCUAGGCAACUUAUGAAUCAUGACACCGGAGAAAGUAUUGAUGAUCCGAUAGUCGAUUUUUCCAAAAUUUUAGACGAUAUUGAUGAAUCAGUUGAAGUUUUGCCAGAUUCUGAUGUCAAAUUAUAUGACGAACAUGAAUCUUUUGUUCGACUGUCUGAAGAUUUAAAACGUUACUUUGAGGAAAAUAUACAAUCACGAAAAGAUUUAUCUGGUGACAAAUGGUUUACUAACUUUGAUAUAUUCUUUAGAUACAUUAUUGAGCGUCGUGUUUCACGUAUCCAAGAUUGGUUUACUCAAAAUACUGCCAAGUUUCCACAAAUUAAUAUAGAGAUUGUUAAUGGAAUAUAUGCAAUGGAGCAAGAAAUAAGCAAACUUACGAUUCUAUGGACCCUAUGUGGAUUAACGUGUCAUCAAUGUGAUUUGAAAUGUGUCAAAAAUCUUGAUCACAAUGAACAACAUGAUUGUUUAACGGAUCAUAAAUGUCAUUCUUAUUGCCAAUUUGUUGAAGCUCACAACAACAAAUUAGUUCCAAGAUGCAUGUACAAAGCUGAACAUGAAGGAUUUCAUGUUUACGACAAAGUAAAACAUGCAUGUAGUAAACCAUGUGAUCUUUCCGAUAAAGGUAAUUGCCAGUUGGUUUGCUCAAAGGAAAUGGGACAUGGUGAUAUACAUUUAUGUCAAUCGUCACGUCAUUAUUGUGGGAAGGCCUGUUCAUUACAGAAAGAAGUUUAUCAUUGUCGUAAUAAAUGUAUUAUACCACAUGAUGAACAACAUACUUAUCACCGCUGUGAAAAUGAACUUUGUCCAAUUCAAUGUCCAAUUCCGAAUUGCCGAAAAAAAUGUCAAAGCAAUGAUCAUUUUCACUCGGAUUUGCACGUGGAUCAUUUUUGUGGUAAUGAACAUCAGUGUCGUGAAUUAUGUGAAGAAUCCGGUGUAUGUAAAAUAACGACUGAGCCCAAGGAAAAAUCACGCGUGGAAUUUACAAAGUAUGUUCAAUUAGGUGAAAGACUAAGAUGUAAUAGAAAAAUUCCUCCGAAUAAAUUUAAGCAUGAUGGAGGACAUAUACAUGAAGAGGGCGGUUUUCAUUUUUGUGAUGCAAAACAUGGAAAUAUGUCACAAAUUGCAGAAAUUGAGUUAAUAGGAGAAGAUAAUGAACCUGAAUAUGAAGGGCUUAAAUUAAGAGUCGGUGAUCAUAGAACCUUUUAUCUUUGUAACCUGUGCUGUAAAAAUAUAGGUAAACAUCAUCAUAUUGAUCACGGUCAGAAUGAAGAUAAUCGGCCU